ACAAAGCACCAUGUUCUCAAAGGUCGCAGUCUUCGCUUUAUUGGUCGCGGUAGCCAACGCCAGCGGCGGUUACAGCAGCUUCUCCUAUGGAGUGUCAGACCCCCACACCGGCGAUGUGAAGAGCCAGCAAGAGACCCGUGUCGGAAGCAACGUGGUCGGACAGUACUCGCUGUUGGAGUCCGACGGUACCCGCCGCACUGUUGACUACGCCGCCGACGCACACAACGGUUUCAACGCCGUCGUACGCAAGGACCCAGCUGUCGUCGCCCACGCCGCUCCCGCUUACGUAGCCGCCCCUGUUGCGUACUCUGCUGGAGUUGCUGCCGCUCCCCUGGCCUAUUCUGCUGGAAUCGCCGCCUCUCCCCUGGCCUACGGAGCAGGAAUUGCCGCUUCUCCCCUUGGCUACGGAGCAGGCAUCGCUGCAUCUCCCAUCGCUUACGGAGCUGCUCUCAACUACGGAGCCGCCGCUCCCCUCGCUUACGGAGCUUCUCCUUUGGCUUACAACUCAUACGCCGCCGCUCCCCUCGCCGCCGGCUACGGUGCCCACGGUCUCGGCUACGCUGGUCGUCUUGCCUGGUAAACCGUGGAUAAGUCCACCUCAACUGCGAUUCUAGUAACAAAAUAGGCAAUAUUUAAUUUGAGGGAGUCAAAUCUUUCACAGAUCCAAAGAACCUCAAUGCA